AUGAGGGCUCCCUACUCCAAGUCCAGGUCUCAGACUCUGCCCAGGGGAGACCUCGGCUGGUCAAGCAGGGUCCCUGCCCGCCUGGCAGACCCCAGCACGAGUGGGAAGGAGAGCUGCCUCCAGGAGGCCGAGCGCGGUGGCUGCCAGCAGGUGAGCGAGGCCAGGCCUCGGGCCAGCCCCGAGCGUGGUGACCAGGUGGGGCAGGAAACCAAGCCAGAGUCUGUCCUUCUCAUCGGGCUCUUGCUGGGAGAUGCCAGGGGGCGGAAGGAGCGCGUGCCCUCAUGA